CCAUCCUCGCCUUCCCAUUUCGAAUCCAAACCCCCAACCCAACCGCCGCCACCACUCACCGGCGCAACCACCGGCGGCGACCUGAUCUCUCUGCGUUUGUGUGCUCUGUUUCAAGAAACAGGGGAGGAGAUGAUGGAGGCGGUGGCCGUGGCGGCGGCGGUGCUGCUGCUGCUGCACGUGGCGGCGAGGGUGGCGGACGCGGUGUGGUGGCGGCCGAGGCGGCUGGAGGCGCACUUCGCGGGGCAGGGGGUGCGCGGCCCGCCGUACCGGUUCCUCGUCGGGUGCGUGAGGGAGAUGGUGGCGCUCAUGGCGGAGGCCACCGCGAAGCCCAUGCCGCCCGCCGCGCCGCACAACGCGCUCCCCAGGGUGCUCGCGUUCUACCACUACUGGAGGAAGAUCUACGGGCCGACGUUCUUGAUUUGGUUCGGGCCGACACCGCGGCUCACGGUGGCGGAGCCGGAGAUGGUGCGGGAGAUCUUCCUCACGCGCGCCGAGGCGUUCGACCGCUACGAGGCGCACCCCGUGGUCCGGCAGCUGGAGGGCGACGGGCUCGUCAGCCUCCACGGCGACAAGUGGGCUCACCACCGCCGCGUCCUCACCCCCGGCUUCUACCCCGACAACCUCAACCGGCUGGUGCCGCACGUCGGCAGGUCGGUGGCGGCGCUGGCGGAGAGGUGGCGCGCCAUGGCGUGCGCCGGCGGCGGCGAGGUGGAGGUGGACGUGGCGGAGUGGUUCCAGGCGGUGGCGGAGGAGGCCAUCACGCGCGCCACGUUCGGCCGCAGCUACGACUCCGGCCGCGUCGUGUUCCGCUUGCAGGCCCGCCUCAUGGCGUUCGCCUCCGAGGCCUUCCGCAAGGUGCUCGUCCCGGGAUACAGGUUCCUGCCGACCAAGAAGAACAGGAUGUCGUGGGGCCUGGACAGGGAGAUCAGGCGCGGCCUGGUCCGGCUCAUCGGCCGGCGCAGUGGCGGCGACGGCGGCGAGGAAGACGAGACCACCACCGAGCUCAAAGACAAGCAGGACAGCGGCUUCAACGACUUGCUGGGGCUCAUGAUCAAUGCCGGCGUGGACAGGACGAUGCCGGUGGAGGACAUGGUGGAGGAGUGCAAGACCUUCUUCUUCGCCGGCAAGCAGACGACCACCAACCUGCUCACCUGGGCCACCGUGCUGCUCGCCAUGCACCCGGACUGGCAGGACCGCGCCCGCCGCGAGGUCCUCGCCGUCUGCGGCGAUGCCGCCGGCGAGCUCCCCACCAAGGACCACCUCCCCAAGCUCAAGACGCUCGGGAUGAUCCUCAACGAGACGCUGCGCCUGUACCCGCCGGCGGUGGCCACCAUCCGCCGCGCCAAGUUCGACGUCACCCUCGGCGGCGGUGGCGACGGCGACGCCGGAGGCAUCCAUAUCCCGCGCGACACGGAGCUGCUCGUCCCGAUCAUGGCGAUCCACCACGACGCCCGGUUGUGGGGGCCCGACGCGGCCCAGUUCAACCCGGCGAGGUUCGCCAGCGGCGCGGCGCGCGCGGCGAAGCACCCGCUCGCCUUCAUCCCGUUCGGGCUGGGCUCCCGCAUGUGCAUCGGCCAGAGCCUCGCCAUCCUCGAGGCCAAGCUCACCAUGGCCGUCCUCCUCCAGCGCUUCGACCUCGCGCUCUCGCCCACCUACGUGCACGCCCCCACCGUGCUGAUGCUGCUCCACCCGCAGUACGGCGCGCCGUUGAUCUUCCGGCCGCGCCAAUCUCAGCCGUCCAAUUAGCUACUAUUACUAGGUAGGAGUACUAGUAUUGCUAGCUAGGAAAAGACAGGAAAGCCCCUGUCCGUUGUGUGCAUAGUGACACAGGAAAAGGCCAAGAGACAACUAACAAAAGGCUCUGCCCGUGGCAGGGGCAGGGCCGGAUUCCGAAAAUGCCCUCGCUAACAGACUAGUGGUACGAUCAGAGCACAACUUUUAGGGAUUUGAUGGGUCAGAAACUCUCAGAAGAGAAGAAGAGAGACAGUAGUAGGGUAGUAGCAGUAGCCCCACACAUCCACUGCUCGGUUGCUUCCAUUUGUUCUCUUCUCCUUCGCGUGGAUUCUGGUGUAUGUAUCGAUCAAUGCAUGUACCUGUAUGUGUGUGUUGUGUACAGGGGUGUGAUUAUUUUGAUUCGGGACACCCGGCACUUCACAGCAAAGGAGAAUUCCAUUUGGAAAAAACAUACAAAAAAGAAAACAUAGAGAGAGAGAGGAAGGGAGAGAUCGAGAUUUGAUUAA